AUGAAUGCUUCGCCAAUCAACUGGUUGCUGUCUCUAAUGCAUCUUUUCGUUGCGAGUGAAGCGAUUCUCCCGCGACACAAAGUGGAUGUAUUAAUUUAUAAUUAUUUGCAAAAUGGGACGGAUCUCACCGUCCAUUGCAAAUCGAAGGACGAUGAUCUCGGUGUUCACCUUCUGGCUUUCCGCAACUAUUACGAGUUCAAGUUUCGCCCAAACUUGUUUGGGACUACUUUGUUUUACUGCAGCAUGCAAUGGGAUGGAAGAAUGCAUUGGUUCGACAUUUAUACAUCAGAGAGAGAUACUUGUACUUAUUGCUUGUGGAAUGUUAAGCCCGAGGGUCCAUGUUUGGUUGAAUACAAGAAGGUUACUUGUUACUCUUGGAACACUGAUGCUUAA